GUGAUUUCAUCAGGAAGGAAGGCGGUUCCGCUUACAAUACAAGAGAGAAGAGAUCCAGGAACUAAUAACAUACAUAUCUUCUGCGACAUCGUAAAUCCAUUAAAAGUGACGAUAACACACCCGGAUUCUUGUGGCAGAUGUCAGUUCCUGAUGCUUUACCGGAGAUGGACGACACAGACCUCUUCGGUCUGUUCUUAGAUGAAGACCAUGGACCACAUGACCCCUUCUCCGGUGAAGGGAACUUGUACAUUGAGGACUGGCUCUUUGGGCAGGAUAUUCUGAACAGUCAGGAUACAGAGGAUUUCCUUAACAGCCUUCUGGGAGAAGAUGACGCUGCUUUUGUCCAGUCUUUCUCUCCCCCAGGAAGUGACAGUGGCAUCUCCGAUGUGGGCAACCCCCAGUUCCAAAGUCCCAGGAACAGUGACUCGGACAGUGCCCCCUGCCACAGCCCCGGGCUCAUGGGGUUCACCUCCCUGCCGGAGGUAGAGUCGGAGGCCAGCCCCGUGACAAUGGAAGUGAUUCAUGUGGACCACUGCUACUUCCUCCAGCAGGAUCAGCCGCCUGGUGACACCCUGCUGAGCGUGAGGACGGAGCAGCCGGACACCGACGUUUUCAUUGAUGUGGACCCAGGCAACUGGGACACUGAUAGUGUGGUCGAAAUGGACUCUGAUGAACUUCCCUGCACACUGGCCAUAGAGGACCCCACACCAUGCAUUAAAGCAAAUGAGUUCCAGGAAAUCGUUCUGACAGCUGAAGAGAAGAGACUUCUCACAAAAGAGGGUGCCUCCAUACCGACUGACAUGCCCCUCACAAAGGCGGAGGAGAGGACUCUGAAAAGGAUUAGGAGAAAGAUCCGGAACAAGCAGUCUGCGCAGGAAAGCCGAAAAAAGAAGAAGGUUUAUGUGGAUGGGUUAGAGAACAGGGUUGCUGUCUGCACUGCUCAGAAUCAGGAGCUGCAAAAGAAGGUUCAAACCCUGCAGAAACAAAACAUGUCUCUGAUUGAACAGGUGAGGAAACUGCAGUCUCUGAUAAAACUCUCAACCAUGAAGACGAGCACAACCAGCACCUGCCUCAUGGUGUUCCUGUUGUCUUUCUGCCUGAUCAUCUUUCCUUCUGUCAACCCCUUUGGCAGCAGUGGGAAUCAGAAGGAUCUAUAUGCACCCUCAGGAGUAUUGUCAAGAACUAUCCGUUCCAUUCCGGUUGAGGAGGGCUCCUCGCUUCCUCCUCUGGAGUUUGAGGCUGAGGAUAACCUCCUGGUUCUACAAAAUAAGUUCACCAGCAGUCAGAGUCACACUCCAGACUACCAGCAGGUGGAGCAUCCUGAGUCCGAGUCUGGAGUCAACAGCAACUCGUCUUCUGAUUUCCCGACUCCACCAAAGUCCGAGCUGAAGCCGGCCAGCUCCACGGGUGAGAGGCUGCUGGAAACUCCUGUACCGCCCAUUGAGUACCACGUUCCAGGGUCCGACAGAAACUGGAGGGAGCAGAAAUCGAUCACAGUUACCAUCCAGAAGCACCACUCGGAUGAAAUGUAAAAACGAAGAUGUUAACAUUUAUUCUAAAAGCCUCGUUUUUGUGUUUCACCUUGACUUUUAAAUGGAACAGAAAAGUAUCUUCAAAAUGUGGAGAUCAGGGUUGUUCUGGUGGACCUACUGUCCUUUGUAUAUGCACUGCAUUUCCUGUUUCACAAGUUUGUUACUGUUAUUAUCAUUAUUAUUAUUAUUAUUAUGCAUUGUACUUUCUCCAGAAAAAGAGGGCAUUGCAAACAAAAUCAUAUGAAAGAAGUUAAACAUUUAGUUUUGACAGUAAAUUAAGAUUUCAGUGGACGAUCUCAGAUGUGUAAAAUGUUGGGCAUGUAUAAACAAUCCUGUUUCUCUUUACCCUUGUAGCAAAGGAUGAGAAGGCUUCAGCUUGCAGCUAGCUGCUGUGCUGUUCAUGCACUUUUUUAAUAAUGAAAUCCUUUCGCAUAUUUUAAUAGCUUCAAUGUACUUGUCUUUUGAUUUAUUAAGAUAAAGUAUUUCAUUUUUAAUCGGCGAUUGUGAUUUUUCCUUCUUUUUUUUUCCAAGUCUCCUUACAGUUAAGAAGGAUGAAAUGGCUCGAUGCUAAUAUAGUGACAAAAUCAUGAUCUCCCAUCUGACAGCACUGCUCUCACGCAGGUGAUAAACUUAAGCAGAUUAAUUAGCUUGUCUGUGGUACCUGUUGAACAACUGCAACAGAAGGGAAAACCUCCAGAUGAAAUAUUCGUAACUCUAUCUGUCCUGUUCAGCUUUUGCUCUAUUGUUUGUAAUAAUGUCUGUGACUCUUACCCAAAAUCCUCACUUUCUUUGCAGUUCUUCUUCCUGUACAAAUGUAAGCAACUGUUGACUAUAUAAUGCAUUCAGGUGAAGAUGUUAUGAUCUGUUAUGACAGUGAAGCAUUUCUGAAUCGUAUUCAUGCAGUUACAUAAAAAGCCUACUGAUGAAACAUGCUGUUGAUCAGAAUGUAUUCAUGUAUAAAAUGGUAUAAAAAAAUAAUUUUCCCCAUUUUUUUUCUGUACCUGUUUUUUUUUAAGUCAAAUCAAAUGUGUUCUUAGUCCUGUUAAUGAUUUUGUUUUACAUUUUUGCACUUUUGCACAUUUUUUCGUUGAAUGUUAAUAUGCAUUAAAUGCUUUAUCUGUGACGGUA